UGUGACCGCGCCGCGGGAGCGCGCCAUGGGCUUUGCGCACACGGAGACUGGGCUUAUGCUGAUCUCCAUCGGGCACAUCGGAUCACAGUGGACGGGUUUCGCCUCCGUGUGGGUGAAUCCCAGUGAGAUCCACCAUGGUGGGCGUGCGGGCGCAGCUGUGUAAAUAGGACAUUAUAAGAAAGCGUCUUUUCCCUUUAUGUCCCGCUGAACUUCUCCUUCAUGUAGGAAAAGGGCAGGUUAUCGUGCAGUUGGUAACUUCACCGAGAGGAUUCUGGUUAAGGAGAGAGCGAUUGUCCCUAAACUUUGUAAGUGUACGAAGCCCCGGUUUUAGGAGAUGCGCACGGCUGAAGGCAUGGCGGCAGCUUUGCCCAGGACCCUCGGGGAGCUGCAGCUCUACCGCAUCCUGCAGAGGGCCAACCUGCUGUGCUACUACGAGGCCUUCAUUCAGCAGGGUGGUGACGACGUGCAGCAAUUGUGUGAGGCUGGCGAAGAUGAAUUCCUGGAGAUCAUGGCACUGGUGGGCAUGGCCAGCAAGCCGCUGCAUGUGCGGCGCCUACAGAAGGCACUGCGAGACUGGGUCACUAACCCGGCACUGUUCAGCCAGCCGCGGGCCACCCCUGUCUGUAGUGUUCCUGUCUAUAAGCCAGUGGAGCGGGCCGGGUCCGACUCAGACAUGGCCCUCGAUGCUGAGCCUGCCCCCGCCUCACCACGAUCCUGGGCUGAGCCUGGCCUGUCCCCGGCUGAACCUGCUGUUCCUGGUUCCCCGCUGGAGGUGCUGGACACUGCUGCUGUGCGUUCCGUCACAGAGUGUGUGACACGCCUGGCACAAACUCUGCCCAAGGUAGAGCCAGCCGAGGUACGGGACCUCCUUAAGGGCAACAAGAAGCUGGCCAAGAUGGUAGGGCACAUCUUCGACAUGACUGAUGAGGACCCACAACGGGAGGAGGAGGUGCGCAAGUACAGUGCCAUCUAUGGGCGUUUCGACUCCAAGCGGAGAGACGGCAAGCAGCUGACGUUGCACGAGCUGACGGUGAAUGAGGCAGCCGCCCAGCUGUGCAUGCGGAACCUGGCUCUCCUAACACGUCGGGACGAGCUGUUCAGUCUGGCUCGCCAGGUGUCCCGCGAGGUCACCUACAAGUACACCUACCAGAGCAGCAGACCUCAUUGUGGCAACAGGGAAGAUCCUUCAUCAAAGAGGAUAAAAACAGAGGAGGGCGUGUUUGACCUCCACGAGGCCAUGCAGCAGAUCUGCACACGGCAGGAGAUGCUGAAAGAGCGACUGGCCCCCGUUACGCCCACGGGAGGUGAGGCAGCAAUGCAGAGCAUUCUGACCACCAGGGCGGCGACAGCAGGCUGCCUGCCCACGUCUUUGACCCAGAUGCAGCUGGAGCGGCUGCUGGCCAAGCAGAUGGAGGUCCUGCAGGACGCUGCAGCCCGCGAGAGACUCCACACACUCAACUGGAUGCUCCCUCCACGGGGCCCCAAGCCACUUCCCCAGCACCUCAACCCCAAUGGGGUUGCCACGGACAAGGCCGAGCAGCAAGCAGAACAGCUACCCAGCCCAAGGGUCUCCGGGCUGCGGUGGAGUAUCACCGAGGGUGAAUUGCCCUUGGGGAGGCAGCUGGCCAGCGAGCUGAAGAGACGGCACUCCCUCAGCGUGGGAAGGGCCCCGCCCACAAGCUCAGAGCAGAGGAUCAGGACAGAUUCCCUGCAGGGCAUCCUUAACCUCUCUGAAGUCAAAAAGACCAUCAAGGUGGAGCCUGAGGACUCCAGAUAGCUGCCCAGAUCACUGCCAGUCUGUCCAAACACUGACCCGCAGAGCCUUAACAACCAAUGUUGCCUCAGAAACAAACAUUUCUUUUAACUUUCUUUAUACCAAAGUGCUUUUAAUGUACAUCAGUGGAGGAAGGGGGUCACGGUGGGGUCCAGGACAGGGUAUCCUUCUAGCUGAGUGUACAGGUCCUGUUCUCACUGGUGCUCUGUUCAUACAGAGUGACUCUCAUUUUGUAUAUAUGUCGUUCCUUGGAACUGUGUUGUCGCCGUUAUUUAUAUGUGCUGUGUAUUAUAUUUCCUCAGAAGUGAGAAGAACAUUAAGGGGUUCUACUGUAUAUGCACCCACGAGCAGCUGUGUAACACAGAGGACUCGAGGCCAGAGAGUGUUUUUUAUUCUGGAAAGGUUCACACUGCGCGCUCAGCUGCUGGCUCACAGAUUUGUAACUGAAAGACAAAUCUGCUACUUGCAGGUGCAAUGAGCUCUCCACUAUUGCAGAUGAAGUCUUAUCAUGUUCCAAUGUCUGUGUCGUGGCCAACAAAGCCCAUAUAUUUAUUAAAUAGUUUAAGAGGAGAUAGUGUAUAUAGCCAAAAGGAGAUAACAUAGUCACUUGAUUCAGAAAGCAGGGUUUAAUACCUCUUUUCUUCAUGAACCACUUUCCAGUACGUUUAUUAGUAGAUGAAUACUAAUUAAGUGUAUUUAGAGAAACCCAGUGAAAGUGUAUUAUUGUCCCACCACCACAAUUGUUCAGCAUAUGAAACUUCUGUGUUGACUAGCGUAGCUGUAGUCCUACUUCUGAAUGAUGUGCAGAGUUUAGCUGUAACCAACGUAGAUGUUUUUCCACUCUCAAUUUGGUGUUCUGUGCUGUUAGAUUUAGCAUUAAAGUCCUAGUUCCUUGUGUUUACGCCAAAUAGAUUGUCCAUGUCAACACCUAUCCACUUUUCCGACUCAUUGAUCAACAUACGUUCAUUAACAGUAAUUUACCAGCUGUCAUUUUAGCAACCCUGGGUAACGUUCUGACAUGCCACACAUGUUCUAUCACCAGAAUUCAAGCUCUAUGUGUUGCUGUUCUUUCAGACAUUUGCCAUUUAAAUACCUCUUAUUUUUAUUAACACUGACCAGCUCUGUCCUAAAUCACAUGCAGUAGUCUGGGGGAAAAUGUGUGUGUGUUGGUUUUUGUAUUGUCUGCGAAGAGGACAGACUUCUUGGAUUUUGCAAAAGCAAGAAACCUAUUUGUGAUUCCUAAUGUAUGUUUGUGUGUGUGUGUGAGAGAGAGAGAGAGAGAAUUAGGUUUAUAUUACAUUGUGGGGACCAAAUGUAGUAAAAACCUGUUAUUUUGACAUUGUGGGGACCAUUCCUCAG